UGGGAGUGAGAGAGCUAAAGGCAGGGGGCGUGUCGGCAAGUACUGAGGUCGGUGUGGCCCAACUCUCAAAUGGCGAAAACUGGUGACAUGGACAGUCCAUCAGAUCUCCCCCACUUCUCCUCUCGCAUCGCAUGUGCUUUUGCACACCGAAAUGAAAAAUCUUGAAAUUCCUGCCUAAUAGAAGAAAUCCGGUUUUUCUUCUUCUUCUCUCUACCUGUCUUCUUGAUGGAUCCAAACACUCGUCUUGAUCAUGCUCUCUUUCAACUCACUCCCACCAGAACCAGGUGUGAUCUGGUGGUGUUCACGGAGAGGGGAAACUGCGAGAAGCUGGCGUCGGGUCUAGUAGAACCAUUCCUUUCCCAUCUACGGUGCGCCAAAGAGCAGAUUUCCAAGGGCGGCUAUUCCAUCACUCUCCAACCCACCACUGAUGUCGCCUCCUGGUUCACCAUUUCCACCCUCCAAAGAUUCGUGCGGUUUAUCAGCACUCCAGAAAUCCUCGAGAGGUUGGUUACAAUAGAAAGGGAAAUUUCACAGAUCGAGAAUUCAAUACGCUCCAAUGACUUCUCAACCUCAGCGCAAGCUUCCGCCACCACCGUGACAGGGCAAACUGAAGAAGGCAACAUAACAUCUGUUGAUGGAAAUAACAAAAAGUCAAUCGUUCUCUCCAAGCAGAAAGGUGAAUCUAAUGGGGAUGAUGUUGCACAAGGAGAAAACUCCAAGUUUCAGCUUCAGCGAAUUUUGGAAACUCGGAAAGCUGUUCUUUGGAAGGAGCAAGCCAUGGCAUAUGCUCGAGCUUCUGUAGCAGGAUUUGAAGAGGAUAAUUUAGAUGAUCUCAUAUCUUUUGCUGAUGCUUUUGGCGCAUCUCGCUUAAGGGAAGCAUGCACAAAUUUCAAGGAACUGUGCAAGAAAAAGCACGAAGAUGGACUCUGGACGGAUGAAUUAGCAGCCAUGGAGGCAUGCCUUCAACCAGAGUUACCUUACACAAGAACAUCAGGAAUCAUUCUUACGAGUGAAAAUAGCCUUACUCAGGGUUGCUUGCCAAAAUUUCAUGUGAAUGACAUCUCUAAUGCACAACUUGAGCCAAAUGGCUCUUCAGAUGCUUCAGUGACUAAUUUGACUGUGAACCAUGCAAGUUCGAACAUUGAUCAAGAUAAUAGUUUGCCGAUGUUGAGUCAGACACCAUCAAUGACCGGAGAGAGUGAUAUUUCUCAUGGGAAAACUCAAGUGCCAAUGUCGUGGCCGAACCAGCCACCUCCAUACAUGUAUAAUUUUCAAGGCUCUGUUGUUCAACAAAUGCCUCCAUAUCAAGCAUAUCCUUUCCCCACUAUGCAAGUCGUUCCUCCGUAUUAUUCCGUGCAUUAUGGAAAUAUGCAGUCACCUGCCAAGGACCCCAAUCAUCGUCCAAAUCGUAACAAGUUAUCCAGAAAAAGUGAUAUGUCCAUGAAUGGAAAAGGAACCGAGACUUCUGAUUUAACUUCAGGAUCUGAAGAUGGAUACUCUGACCAUGGUGAUUCCAUUUCAGGGAAUGAAGAAGAUGCAUAUCUGGAGCAAGAUUUUCCAUCUGACAGGAAGCCUUUAUCAAUAGGACAGCCAGGACAGAAAAAGCUUGUGAAAAAGUCCUCAAAAAUGGUGGUUAUCCGCAAUAUUAAUUACAUUACUUCUGGAGUGAAGGAUGGCAUAUCUGACGAAUAUUCAGCUGAUGGUGAUUUAUUUGAUGCUGAUUCCCUUAAACAGAAGGUAGAAGAUGCUGUUGACUCAUUGGGGAAACAUCAUAAAUCAACUGAACGUAAUUCUAAGAAAAGAGGUAGCCGCAAGCAUCCGGGCGAGUCAAAUAACUCAAAUGAUGCUUGUGACCCAGCUUCAAAAGCAUGUGGAGGGGAGAAAAGAGAUGAAAAUUGGCAUGCUUUCCAGAACCUUCUACUGAGAGAUGAGGAGUCAGGUUCCAACAAGAUGGACCAGGACAGUGGAGGCACUACUGACAGAAGUAAACAGCACCUGGUAGAUGUUCAGGAUGAAUAUUGUGUGAUACGGAGCCCGCAGUUAGGAAAGAUAUCGGACAAUAGCUGUGUAUUUGUUGCUGAAUCAAAGAAGGGGAUUGUUGAAUUGGAUUCAUUCAUUGUAACUGAGAGGGAUGCAAAUCUUGACGAUGCCAGUCACUUGGAAAAUUUUGAAUGCAACGAAAAUUAUUACAGAAAUAUUAAGAAAAGUAACUGCAAUGAUGAGGAGUUACUGUUUUCACAGAGAAUGGAAUCUGGUGGUAAUCCCCAAAAUACUUUAUCUGAUUACACACACGAAGCAGCUGUACUAAAGACUCAAGGAGGCGGAGACUGGUUUAUUAUCACUCCAACAGAAAAAAUGGCAGAUUCAGAGACAACCACAGAACACUCUUCGUUCAAUGGGUAUCAAAAUUCACGAAUAUCAGAGGAUUGUUUCCACACUGAGAAAAGCAAAAAAGAUCUUCUGAUCGAUGACUCUUUUGUGGUCCCAACUAGAACAUUAGUUGGGCAAUGUGAUUCUCAGUGGAGAACAGAUAUGAGCAUGGUUUCGGGCCUUGAACAAGCUGCUCAACAUGAAAAUGGCACCUCUGAUCAUUCAAACAAUAAACUUGGAAUGUCUGGCACCUACGAGCCUGAUGAUUUGUACAUGGUGCUCGAGCGGGAUUCAAGGCUGGAACCUGUUAGGGCAUCUUGGACUCCUGAAAUUGAUUAUACAAUGGAUAUUUCAUUCAGUGAUGCAGAUAAGGGGCACUUCAGUGCUGAAACAAAUGGUCAUGAUGAGUCCACUGACAAUAACAUACUGCCAAACUGUAAGAGCAAUGAUAAUAAGAACAAUGGAGAUCCUGGAAAAAAGAAUUCAAGUAAAGAUGCAAAGUCUAAACCCUUGCGUGGAUCGCUUGUGAAGAACAGGUCCGAGAUUAUAUCAAGAAACAAGAAACCAUCCUCCUUGAGCAGAGAUGCAGUUCUGAAAAGCAAAAUGGAGAAGGAAGAAGAGAGUCGAAGAAAAAAGGAGGAACUACUUAUUCAACGGCAACAGCGGAUUGCUCAAAGAAGUGCGGCUAGUGGUACUCCACCAGUGUCAUCCAAGAGCAGCAAAGUAGAAAGUAAACCUGCACCACGUCCUUUGGAAAAAGACAAGCAAACAUCUCUGCCCGCAAUUCAAGAAACAAAGAAUUUUUCUUCCCAUAAAUCAGAUCCUGCAAGGUCAGCCAAGGAUCACCUUUCAUCUGCACAGAACAAACAUAAGGAAUCUGGUCCAUUAAAAUCAUCCCAACCAAAAAAAAUCAGCAAAACUAUGGAUGAUGCAGCAGCUAAUCAACCUGCAUCAGAGAAAACUAUGUUGCAGAUAGAGCUAAGAGAGUCAAAUCAGAUAUCUGGGAAGGAGAGGCUUCCUGAUCAGAUCAGAUUGUUGUCAGAAAAGACUACAGCUCAGGUAGAAUUAAGCAAGUCAUUUGCAAAUCAAUCCCCAGAUGCAAAUCAGACAUCUGGCCUUGAUACUUCUGUUGAUACAAAGGAGAUGCUUUCUAGCAUGGAAAAAAAUGUGAUGGGCUGCAAUGCUUCAAUACAGAAUGAUAGUUUGCAGCUACAAGGGACAUUGUCUUUCAUAGCAAGUGGACAAAAAAAUAGUUAUCAUAUGUGUACUUUGGGUGAUAAAAGCUGCAAUCAAGAUUGUGACAAUUUAUCAUUUCCAACUGCAGAUCAUUCAAAAGGAUUAGGUUCCUUAAAAUUUGAAGAUGACAGGGAAAGAUCAUCUGCCUCAAUUGCCGAUGCACCUAAAGCAUGCCUGCAGGAUUCUGAAGAGAAAAAAGUUCUUGACAUGUUGGCUUCACAAGCCAAUGGAUGCAUUACCAAUGCUUGCUCGGCUCUAAAUAUUUCUCAGAACUGUCAGAUACUCAUCAGUUCUGAAACAUCACCAACCGCUGGUGAGAAAGCUUCAAAUUCUGCUGAUGUAGAUGUUCAAGAUGGGAAAGGUGCAACACAUGCAAACCUUCCAUCCUCAUGUGAAAUUUCAGAGAUAGAAAUCAUACCUGACUCUGAGUUGACCCCACCUCCUCUAGAUGGUAUGAACUCUGAACUGCCCUAUUCAAGGAAGAAAUGGGCUGGCAAUGAUGGCCAUCCAUCUGCAAAGGGGAUCAAGAAACUUCUUCUGUUUGGUCGGAAAAGCCGCAACUCUGCUGCCUAUUGAUCAGAUCUCAAUUGCUUUCUGUGCUACGAGGGUGACCAUGAUGAAAUACGACCUGGAGAGGAGUGGUGAAGCUUUGUUUCUACUCGUUGAUCUGUACUGCCCAGGUUUUCUACUUCAUAUGCCCCUUGCGCCCACAUUCUCACAAUUCUUAGACACUGUCAGUUCGUGUGAUAGCUUGUUUUCUCCUUUCUGUUGCUGUUUCCACAUCUACAUCUGUGGCUGCUUGUUACAAGGGUCGAACUACAGUCAGUUGUUCAGCAUCUAUGUAUGAUAGGUUAAGAUUGAAUAAUUUAGAAGGAUUCAAGUCUAUGGGUUGUGAUCAGCUAAGGUCUGCAACCAAUGGUUUCUGUGAUGUUUAUUGGAUACGAAUCGAAAACUUGGACACGGCUCUUCAUCAUUCUUCUAUUCCAAUGUUGAAAAAAUAAGGCAUUAGAGACAUUGCGGCCAUUCGGUUCAAAGUGUUGGAGUACUCUUCCAUGGUUUGAAGUUUCCUGGAGGGCUGGAAGGAUGCUGCUAUUAUGGUUGAAUCAUCCUGCAAAAUUCUCUUAGGCGUGGAGCUGUGUUCAUGUCUCCUACCUACAAGUAGCCUAUUUGUUCUGAUAAUUCUUUUGUAUAUUUAUAUAAAAUUUAAAUUUUUUUUUUUACGAUGUGGUGAAUCUAUUUAUUGUUGGGUGAGUUGAUGUCAGUUUGUGUGAGAAGUGAUUGGGCCCC